CUUGGGGAGGGAAACUUCCGGUUCCGGCCGGGCCUGUGUGAGUUGCAGCCUGGCAGUGCCCCCCUGCCCCCACCCGUGAGGGAGCAGAAACGCCCCCCGCAUAUCCUGGGGGUAAGGGAAGGGCCAGGGGGCAUCCCCCGCUCCAAUCUUGCUACCCAAGGACCAGCCCCUGCCUGGGGCGCGGAGGAGGCUGGGGCAGCGCCACACACCGGCCGUGCCCCCUCCCGGGUGGAGAUGGAAACCAAUGCAGCAAGCGAUGAGGGUGUGCAUUUCCAGAGCUACCCUUUUGACUUCUUGGAGUUCCUGAACCACCAGCGCUUUGAACCUAUGGAGGCCUAUAACCAUGAACACGCCAAAGCUGUCGCUGCCCUCCCUUGCCCGCAGCCACAGUACGAAUAUGCCCAGCCACCGACAGCUGCUCCACCUGCUCACUUUGACCGUGUCCCUGCCACCAUUGGCACGCCUAAGCCCAAAGCUGAGGGCCCGUCCUCCUCUUCUUCCUCAGCCACCUCAUCUGGUACCGUUCAAGUCAAGAAAGCUGAACCGGGGGGCCCUGCACCCCCUCCACCCCCACAGCAGCAGCAGCAGCAGCAACCACCGUACAGUACUCCAGCAGUGGUGCCAACAGCAGGCCAGCCUCUCUUUGAUAGUACAGCAGCUGCUGCUGCUGCUGCUGCAGCUUACAACACUCCUCAGUGGGGCAUAGUAGACCUUUCUGGCCACCAGCAUCUCUUCAGCAGCCUGAAACGUGGGCAGGCUCCACCGCCAGCUGCAGCCACAGUAACUCCUGACAGUCAAGCAGGCAAGGAUGAUAAGAACUAUUUCCGGCGACUGAAAUAUUUCAUCGAUCGGCGCUUCCCAUGUGGUGUGUGCCAGAAGUCAUUUAAGCAAUCGUCACAUCUUGUGCAACACAUGUUGGUGCAUACAGGCGAGCGGCCAUAUGAAUGCACCACCUGUGGCCGUACCUAUAACCAUAUCUCCAGUCUCAUCCGGCACCGCCGUUGUCACAAAGACACUGAGGAUGCUACUGCUGCUGCCAAUGCAGCAGCUGCCAACGCAGCGGCUGCCAAUGUAGCUGCUGCAAAUGCAGCGGCUGCAGCCGCCGCUGCCGCCGCCGCCAGCACAACAGCAGCACCUGGUGCUGAGGGAGCAGCUCAGCCUUCUACCCAAAGUGGCAACCCUCAGGCAGUACCUGCACCAUCCGGAGGAACAGCCGCAUCUGCCCUCAGUGCUGCCAUAGCUCAAGCCGAAGGCCCUUUUACCUGCUCUCUCUGCUGGAAGGUGUUUAAAAAGCCAAGCCACCUGCACCAGCAUCAGAUUAUCCAUACUGGUGAAAAGCCAUUCUCAUGCUCCGUCUGCCAGAAGAGCUUUAAUCGCCGUGAAAGCUUAAAACGACAUGUGCGGACACACUCAGACCUCUUGCGAGUGCAGUGUGGAGUUUGUGGCAAGGAAUUCCGGGAUGCCUCCUACCUGCUUAAGCACCAGGCAACUCAUGCUCCUCCUGGAACUUUACCUCCACGCCCUGAGUACAAAUGUGACAUUUGUGGCAAGGGCUAUGUGGCUCCCCAGAAUCUACUACGUCAUCGGCAGCUCCAACAUGAGGGUGCCCAGCUGCCCAAGGAUGGCACCAAUACUUUGCCUUAUCUGCCACCAGGGGCCUACCUCCUUCCACAAGACCCACAAGGCACAGGAUCUGAGGGAGACACCAAGCCAGCAUCAUAUGGUCUCUUGGGUGCCCACCCAUUGCUAGUGGGGACAGCAGCAGGCAAGAAUUUCUGCUGUGGGAUCUGUGGCCGUGGCUUUGGGCGACGGGAGACGCUAAAGCGACACGAGCGGAUACACACAGGUGAGAAACCUCACCAGUGUGCAGUGUGUGGGAAGCGUUUCCGUGAAUCUUUCCAUCUCAGCAAGCAUCACGUGGUGCAUACUCGAGAGAGGCCGUAUAAAUGUGAGAUAUGUGGGAAGGUUUUUGGUUACCCGCAAAGCUUAACUCGGCACAAACAGAUUCACCGGUUACAGCUACCUUGCUCUUUACCACCCAUGGGGCCCUCACUGACUCCCAUGGGGCCUUCUCUGCCUCCACCUCCCGAGGGACUAACUUAUGGCUGUUCUGACUGUGGAGAGCGCUUUCCUGAUCUUUUUCAUGUCAUGAGCCACAAAGAGGUCCAUGUGGCUGAGAAGCCAUACCCUUGUGAUGUCUGUGGCAAAUGUUUUGGUUUCAUUGAGAAUCUCAUGUGGCACAAACUUGUCCACCAAGCUGCUCCUGAGCGACUUCUACCACCAGAUGAAACAGCAGCAGCUGUCGCCCCACUAGAGAAUGGGCUAGCUAGUGGUGACAACCUGGCAUCUUACGAAGAUCACCACCCUACCUUACCAAGUGGAGAACGUUUCUCCUGUUCUAUCUGUGGCCAGACCUUCAAGCAUUUCCUGGGACUUGUGACCCACAAGUACGUGCAUCUGGUGCGUCGCACAUUGGCCUGCUCAGUCUGUGGACAGAGUUUUGCUGGAGCCUAUGACCUGCUGUUGCAUCGUCGCACACACUUGCAGAAGCGGCACUUCUCUUGCCCAGUCUGUGGCAAGCGCUUCUGGGAGGCUGCCCUUCUCAUGCGUCACCAGCGCUGUCACACCGAAGAGCGCCCAUACCGCUGUGCUGUUUGUGGGCGUGGCUUUCUGCGCUCGUGGUACCUGCGUCAACACAAAGUGGUUCACACUGGUGAGCGUGCUUACAAAUGUGCCCUCUGCAACAAGCGCUUUGCCCAGUCAUCCAGUCUGGCAGAACACCAGCGUCUUCAUGUGGUUGCCCGGCCUCAGCGUUGCCCUACUUGUGGCAAGACCUUCCGCUACCGUAGCAACCUUCUGGAACACCAGCGGGUACACCUGGGCGAGAAAGUCUACCGCUGUGACCGCUGCUCCAAGAGCUUCUUCUACCUGUCAUCCAUUCUGCGUCACCAACGCUCCCAUGAUGCUAAGCGUGAAUUAAGAUGUGGAGCAUGCCUCAAGCUCUUCAAAGACCCCAAGUAUUUCAGCAAACACCUCCAGGCCCAUCAGGGAGGACGGCCCUUCAAGUGCAGCACCUGCGGGGAAGCGUUCUCCAACACUUACGGCCUGAAAAAGCACCGCCACAUUCACAAGAUGGAGCGCUUUGCUGCCAUGGGGGCCCAUAAGGAACAGCCCUAAUGUUGGAGUAGUAGCAGCAGAAAGGAUGGGCGGUCCAUAUCUUGGUACUGUAGGAUGGGAAGCUAGUUCCAGGUUCCUGUGAGCCAUGAUGGCAAGGGAGUUCCAUGUAUAGAAAAAUAAGAUGUCCUUGUUAGCAGUGAGAUGCUCCAAUUGGGCACUAAUUUGGGAAGAGUCAACAAACCAUAAGGUCAUGAGCAGGACAAGCCAGGUAGAAGCAAGGAUGAAUUGUAAAGGUAGGGUGCAUAACAAGAGGUAGCCGCCUGUUACCUGCUAGAUUUCUGCUGUCUAACAUAGUUUCUUGUCCACUCUGGAUUUCUUAACUAAUUGCCUGGGGAAAGGGAGAUGGAGAUAGCAAUCAUAGAAGUGACCUUUGCCUGUCAAGCAUGGCUACAGUGUUGGGGGAUGGAAGUUUCUUCCUGUUUCUAAGCAAAUGGGAACAAAUAAGGUUAUGGUGGAAUGACAUUUUUUUCAUUUGAAGCCUACAUUCUGGAAUGGAGCAGAAACCACCCUGCAUUCCAAUUUACAAAAAGCGAUGGUGCUUCCUGCAAUUCCUUUUACCUAGAAAGAAAUGUUAGAGCCAAUUCAUUCAUUCAGUUUGGGAAUGAGACAGGAAAGACCAUGAUACAGCACUUGAGGAAUGUCCACCAAUAUUUUCUGUAAACCCAACCAUCUAAUCUGUACUAGGCAAGCCUUGCUUGCAUUCUAAGGGAAAGACUUUAAUUAGUGUCCUUUCUUCAUAUGUAUAAAGAAAAUAGGCUAGUUCUCAGUUUUCUAAGACCUUGGAGGUAGUGAGACAUAGCUGUGGACAAUAGAAAAUUAAAGGAGUCUGCUUGAAUUGUCUAGUGUGUGGCACAAGAUGUCUAAAUGCUGUUGUGCCAUAACAUUUCUACUAUAUUCCUGCCUCUAGAACAGUAGCAAUUCAUGAUGCAGCAGCAGGAUCACAAAAACUCUACUUACCAAAAAAAAAAAAAAAUCUCAAGCCCAGAAGGUUUCUAGCCAAGUCUCUCUGGCAUGCCACUUUCCAUAUUUAGGGAGCACUGAAUGUUAAAAAGCAUCUGGAAUUGUCAUUUUUCCCAUAUACACCCCUGAAGAAACAAAAUCCCAGGAUAAUUGUAUUGUGUGGUUUUCUGAAUAUUGAAGUUGGCCCAUCAGGAGUAGAGAGGAAAUAGAAAAGUAGCCUAGGCCCCCUCCCCCUUGGGUUCUCUUUUUUGUGCUCAACAUUGUAGAAUUCUUCCCUAGUCUAUCACACUAUUGGGCUUAAUAUAGAUGAACUCAUAUGUGAAUAAUACCUUACUCUGAGCUCUAAAGUGGAGUGUGGAUCUGGAAUGAGAGCUGAAUGAGUACAUUUGCUAAUGUUAUAGCCUUCCCCUCUGCUCACCACUGAAAGCUGGUUAUGAAACUGUGUGUGAGAGAAAUAAACUUAAUGGGGGCGGGGGGGAUCUACAUGCCAACCAGGAUUGCACAUUGCUUUGGCUGCUCAGCUGCUCUCCGGCAUUCCCCGGUUUGAUCCAGAAGCCCAUCCCUUUCCUAGCAACACAUUGUACAUCCACACAGUUCAUUGAGCUAACUGCCCUGGCCUUGAAAUUCCAUGGUUACUAGAGUUGUACAGUGCUUCAGGUUUGAUUCCAAAAAGGUUCUUCAAAGCACAAACGCAGCAUCAGGGAUUGUGUGAUUGCUGGAGAUGUCUGUUUAAAAGUCACCAACAGGUGCUGUGUUCAUGACCCAAACACUCAGAAGCACCUUAUCAUAAUCAAAUCUGAAGAAAUGCACAGCCCCGUGGUGUACAUAUUUGACCUCAGUCUGAGUGGACCCUCGCUGCACCCAAAGUGGAGAAUACUGACAAAGCAUGAAUAAAAAGAUCCUUGCAAACUCUCUGGCUUUCCCCAGCACCCUCUCUCCUUCCCUUCCCUAUCCCCCUUCAGCAAAUUGUAGAAGUUACAGCACACAUUUAAAUAGACUGGAGGGGAAACUAACUUGCUAGAUCAGUGUUUCUCAACCUUGGCUACUUUAAGAUGUGUGGAAUUAUGGAAGUUGUAGUCCAGACAUCUUAAAGUGGCCAAGGUUGAGAAACACUAUGCUAGAUGCAACCAAAGAGUUCUAAAAACAUGCUCCCUUGUGUACAGUGGACACCACACAGGUAAUUCCCACUUCCUUCCCGGUUUGUAAACCAAGCUGACAUAUGUAUAGUAUAGUAGAAAGUAGAAAGUCAUUGCAGCAUUUCCACUCCAGCAGAGUGAGAGCAUAUCUCUUAUCAGAUGGCUGCACCAAAGCUCCUUGCUGCUUUUGGUCUACUACCCACUUGCUCACAUCCAUAGUUCCCAAAUUGGUGAGUGGCAAUCAGUGAAUAUAAGGAUCCAAAGAUGUAUUGUUUAAAUUUGGUUGUCCAGUGCCUAGAAGGGAGAAAGUUGCCAAAGGGUUUUUGAGCAGUAGAGAAUAGAAUUGGACUUUACUGAGUGCAGGUAUUUCUCAAGGCAGCCUUCCCCAAUCCCCCAGAAGUCUUGGACUGCAUUAGCAACAGUUAACCACUGUCCAUGCUCAGUGAGCAUGUGGGGGAGGGGGAGGGGUAGUGGUGGAUAAUGGUGUAUUUCGGGGGAGAGAGGCACCAUUAUAAAUGCUUUCUUAGAGGAAGUGCUGCAGCAUCUGGUGGCCAAUUAUUAAAAAAGGCUAGAAGUAUGAUGAAGAGUACAACAAAUGAGAAAGGAGAUGGGAAGAAGGUUAAAAAUGUUUUCCAGCCUUAAACAAUUUUCCUAUUGGGUCAGCACAGAGGGGGCAAAUCACGUGGUCCACUUGAGUCAGCCCAGUUAGAUUAAUGUUUCUGUCUGAAAUAUACUGGCUCCUCCUCUGUCUCCAGAAGUGAUUGAAACUGGAUGUUCCUUUUCUUGUUUUAUCUUUCUACUUAAUUGUUAAAGGUCUGAACUUGUAGCUGAAAUUCAGUGAACUAUUCUGUGGUGGUGGCAAUAACUCUGCCUGUCUUUUACAGAAACCGUUUUUCCCCAUUUAGAAUUUUUCUUCCCUGACUUCGUAAUUUGCAAGUAGAACUGAAUUUAAUAUUAGUUUCCCUCCUCAUGUGUACUGUAUCUGCUUUGUAGGAUUAGGUAUUUCUACAUUGUACAUUAAUUCCACAGAAGCCCCAUUGACAGCUCCCCAAACUGGUAAUUUGUUCUUACAGGAAAGGCUAUUAUUGGUUAAUGCUACCCAUUUCUUCAUCUUGGGGAAAAAGUGAGUUCACAAUGACUAAUCAAUAGGUGAUGUUCCUGUUGACUGGCUUCAUAAUAGCUUCCCAAAUGGACAAUGGAAUAUAAAGCGGAGAAACAAGUUGAUCAAAAACAUACUAUGUUCCAAAAUCGCUAAAUAUAUGCCUUUUUCUCAAGGAUACAGGAUUUCUAAAGGAAAAAAUUGCAGGCCUAGAAUGUAGGACACAAAUUUCAUAAUUAAUUAUGACUCUGGAAUGCUUGCUCCAGUCACAGAAUUGGUGCAAAUAUAUUUGGCUAGGUCUUGCUUCUUAAUUCAGAAUGGUGGCCUGUUUCCUAGUCAGGAGACAGUACAGUCAUCCAAGUAUGUUUAUUUUUAUGAUCUCACUUAAAAGGAAUUAAUUGACCUUAACACCCUGUAUUCUUCCUCCUGUACUUGGCAAUCUGAAUGUUUGGAAAACAGCAAAAGUGGAAAUACAUUCACUCUUUCAAUGUAUACUUGACAAAUGAAGAGAAGAAGCUAAGAGUGCAAAAUAGCUACCUUUUCUAUUUUUCUAGCAAACUAAAUACUUAAAGAUGGAUGGGCAGAGUGUUUGCUACUGGGGCAUAUCUGAUUAUUGUUAUUGUCAGAGUUAUUUGCACCCAUUCUUCAUCCUAGGAACCAUUUGGUUUGUCCAAAUCUCUGUCCUCUGUUGUGGUUGAACUUGUUAGCUGGUGCAAGUCAUGCACCCCAAAAUGUAUUACUGACAAACUACCUAGAACCUCCAGUUUAUGUAGAAGGUAUGAGGAGUCUAGUCAGGUUGAGAGUAAGGGGCUAGAAGACAAUAUUCCUUGGACAGAGUUAUGUGGGAAGAGCUUUUAAGGGAAUGGUGGGUUGUUGAGAUGAAAUAGUCUGGCUUUUAAUUGUGGUUGGGAAAUUGAGUUCUUUUGAAGAACCAAUUGAUUUGGGGUAUGUGAUCAAGAGUGGUCAACCAUCUUUUCCAAUAUACUCUUCUGCCUUGCUUAUGUUCUUGGAUGGAUUGUUAGUCCUGAAUGUACAUCACUAGGAUGCUGGAUAUCCUACAGAUGCCCACCGUCCACUCUGCUUUGUCUGCUGUAUACUGGAACUAUGAAGCAGAGGACAGGGAAGAUAUUCCAUCUUUUGUUGGCAUCAGACCUGAUUUUUCUUUUGAGAUGCCACCUGAUACACAGCCAUCUUCUCAGAACUUCUUCAGCCCUCCUGUUCUUUGAGGAACAUGGACUCUAUAGUUCUGUGACUGGUAUUGUUGUCCUAUACUCUCCUUCCUCAUCCCACAGAGGGAGAUGGAUGUCUUUAAGACAGGACUUGAACAUCCCCUAACUAGUGACAAUUGCAAACUCAGAAUGAAGAGUGUGCCACUGAUAGGACCCAACCCAUUGCAAUCAUGUUAGCUAAUGACUUUUUAUAUUAAUACAGAUAUAUAAAUACAUACAUUUCUAUAUAAAUACUUCUUUUUAAUACCCCUCCCCCCUUUCCCAUUGGCCAGAGUGCAGGAAGUGCAGUUCUUUUGAUGCCAAGGUUUAUGUCCCUAUGAUAAUGUGUACUAAAAUAUGUAUAGGACCCCAUCAUUGUCCACACAGCUGAUGGGCCUGAAUUGAUAACCUGCCCCCUCCUCCCUCAUUGUACCCCUUGGGAACUGUACAGCGUGUAUUUCUCAGUCAGGGGUGGGGGAAUGGGAGUGUGUUUGUGUUUUAAGCCAAGCAAUCAUUUUAAAAGUGUCUGAUUUAUGAUGUACAGACUAAACAAACAUUAAAAGAAAAGAAUUUGAAUAUUGUUUGUGCUAUGCCAGGUUGUGUUACGAGUUGAUGUAAGAGGACUUUCCUUCAAACAAUGUGAGUAUACUGUUGGAACUAGCAGAGAAUAACUAGGUUUAUGAUUCUUAAACUAAUGAAGGCAAAAAGAAAGUAAGUAUCUAAAGUAAGCAAUGGCAGAUGCUUUUGAAUCUUGCUGUCCUGUGUAAAAGACAAAAGAAAGCUGCCAUUGCUCAACCAGAUAUAUCAAGGUGAUCCUGGUACAGACUUCUCUUGUCCUCUGUUGCAGAGAGAAAGAGCUUUUAUUGUUCUUCCAGAUUUGGCCUGUUUUCUCCCAGCAAAUCAGAGCAUCCUUUAUUUGCUCAAGACCUCUUCUGCGUGUGGGAGGAGCUUUAGAUGAUAUUGUUAGUGUGGAAAGUUUUACAUGACACCCCAGAGAAUAAAUUUCUUUUACGUCACCUUAUU